AUGAAGUUAGCUGGCAUUCCUGAGUGUAAUAAUGAAAACCUGCAACACAUUGCACUCUUAGCGGCGAAAAAAAUAGGUGUCGAUCUGUCUGACUGUUAUAUCGACUGGGUGACCAGAGUUGGACCCCGUGUCCAGCGCGGGACUACUAUUACAGAGAACGACACUACGUUCCCGCGACCAAUAGUGAUGCGACUCCUGCGUCGAAAUAAGAGAGAUCAGCUAAUAAAAGCAUCAAAAUCUCGACGGAAUGUAACCAGCUCUGACUUGGACGUUCCCGGCAAAUCAUAUAAAGUCUUUUACAAUGAACGGCUAACGAAGGAAAAUAGAAUGCUUUUUCGUAAAAACAAGAACUAA